AUGGAAUCCCUCUCCCGGAUAUCCACCCUCCUCGAGACCGCCCGCGACCUCACCCUCGAGGCCGCACAAUCCGCCUCCAUCUCCGCCUCCUCCCACCCGCCGCCCACGCCCUCCCCCACCGCGACCAAGAAACUGCUCAAUUCCCGCAUGGACCGCGAGGUCCUCGACGGGCUGCGGAAAGUCAUCUCUAUGAUGUCCCACGGCACCGACUGCAGCCCCUUCUUCGCCGACGUCGUCAAAAACGUCGCCUCCCCCAACCUCGAGAUCAAAAAACUCGUCUACAUCUACCUCCUCCGCUACGCCGAGUCCGAGCCCGACCUCGCCCUACUCUCCAUCAACACCAUCCAAAAGGCGCUCACCGACCAAUCGCAGCUCGUGCGCUCCAUGGCCAUCCGCGUCAUGGCCGGGAUCCGCGUCCCCGUCAUCUCCCAGAUCGUCGCGCUGGGGAUAAAGCGCUGCGCAGCCGACAUGUCGCCCUACGUGCGCAAGGCCGCCGCCGUGGCGAUUCCAAAGUGCUAUCGCCUGGACACGGGCACGCUGCCGGCGCUGAAGGAGUGUCUGGGCGUGCUGCUGGGCGAUCGUAGCUUUUAUGUGGUCGGGGCGGCGGUGGUGGCGUGGGAGGGCGUGUGUCCGGGGAGGUGGGAGAUGCUGCAUGGGCAUUAUAGGGCGCUUGCCAGGAUGCUGAUUGAUAUGGAUGAGUGGGGGCAGCUGGCGGUGCUGCGGGUGCUGACGGGGUAUGCCAGGGCGAACUUUCCGGCGAGGGAGAAGAGGGUGAAGAAGGCCGCGGGGGUGGGAGCGGGGGCGAAGGCGGGGGGUGGGGAUGGGGAUGGGUUCUACUCGGAUGAGAGUGGGGAUGAGGAUGUGCGUAGGGGGAGGAAGGGGAAGGUGUCGGCCGCAGCCACGGAUGCGGACCUUGAGCUUCUCCUCCGCGGCUGCAUCCCCUUGCUACAGAGUCGGAACAGUGCUGUCAUCGUCGCCGUCGCCCGCCUCUACACACACCUCGCCCCGGCCUCCUCCCUCCCCACCGUCGCCGGCCCGCUCAUCUCCCUCCUCCGCGCCCCCACCGACAUCCAGCACAUCGCCCUCCUCAACAUCGUCUCCAUCGCGCUCAAAUCCCCACACCCCUUCACCCCCUACGCCACCCACUUCCUCGUCCACGCCUCCGACCCCCCACACAUCUGGAAACUCAAGCUCGAGCUCCUCACCCUAAUCUUCCCACACACCCCCACCCGCACUAAAAACCUAAUCCUCAGCGAACUCGAAUACUUCGCGCACACCCACGACCCAGCCCUCGUCCGCGAGGCCGUCCGCGCUAUUGGCCGCUGCGCGCAAAGCGAGACCCGCAACGCCGCACGCUGCCUCAAGCUGCUCAUGCGCCAGGUCGAGAGCGGCACCGGCACGCUCGUCGCUGAGAGCCUCACCGUCAUCCGCCACAUCAUCCUGCAGAACCCGGCCGCGCACGCGCGCACCGUUGUGCGCCUUGCAAAGGCGCUCGAUACGGCCGUCAAUCCCAGCGCCCGCGCGAGUAUCAUAUGGCUCGUGGGCGAGUUUGCGGGCGUCAAUGGCGGCGAUAAUGUCGCGGCGGAUACGCUACGGCUGCUGGCGAAGACGUUUGUGCUCGAGGGGGAGGCGGCGAAGUUGCAGAUUGUGUUGUUGGCCGCGAAGGUGAGGGGACGGGGAGGGGGAGGGGAGGAGAAGCAUCCGGUGGCGCUGCUGUUUGCGUAUAUCACGCUGCUAGCGCGCUACGAUCUGAGCUACGACCUGCGCGACCGGGCACGGCUAUACAAGUCCAUCCUGUCGACGCCAUCCUCAACACCGCUCGCAACACUACUGCUCCUGGCGCCAAAGCCGACGCCGCAGGCGCCGUCGCCGUCGACGGGGCGCGAAAAGUAUAUCGUGGGCUCGGCGGCGAUGGUCGUGGGCGAGGGCGAGGACGUCAGCGGGUAUGAGCCGCUCGAGGACUGGGUGAGCGAGAGCAGGGCGCCGAGUCCGAGUGUUAGGGACGUGGCGCCGGUGGAGGGCGAGGCGGAGAGGCGCGGGGUGGUCGCUAUAAAGAAGAGUGCUGGCGGAGGCGUCAGUCCGGGGAUGGCGGCGACGCCGGAGAAGAGUCCGGUGUGGAGGCCGGAGGGGGUGAAGGUGCAGGUUAAGGGGAAGCCGGAGACGUUGGAGGACUUUUUUAAGGAGAGUGAGGAGGAGGCGAGUGAGGAGGAGACUGAGGGGGGGAGGAGGAAAGCGAGGAGGAGGAAAGCGAGGAGGAGGAUGAGGAGAGUGAGGAGGAAGAGGACGAUGAUGACGAAGAGGAGGAGGAGGAGGAAAGUGAGGACGAAGGCAAUGAAGGGUCGAAAUUACUGA